AUGGGAAUCACCAACGAACCUCCCGGCCAUAGCGCUCCAACGCCUGUGCAGAAUCCGGUAUCAGCCGCCAACCCCCCUACUUCUGAGAUAGAGGCAGCCUCGGUGCCGAACGAACCUUCGACAGUUGAAUCAGCACCGCUCGAGGUUGAUGAUGCCACCGAUGACGACGGCUCUUCAAUCGACGAGCGAAUCACCACAUACACGAAAUCGCUUUCAUCAAGCAUCGUUGACUAUCCAGUAGACUACGGACGAAGAUAUCAUGCUUUUCGCCGAGGAGCUUACCUACUUCCGAAUGACGAUCUGGAGAUGGAGCGCUUGGAAGUGACCCAUGCCAUGGCAGUGAAGGCAAUCGGAAACAGACUCUAUCUAGCACCGCUUGAGAAAGACAAGAUUCAGAGGAUACUUGACAUUGGCACAGGGAUCGGUAUUUGGGCGAUUGAAAUGGCCGACGUUUUCCCUAACGCCGAGAUUAUCGGCAACGACUUGAGUGCUAUUCAGCCCGGAUGGGUCCCCUCCAAUGUCAAGUUCGAGAUCGAUGAUGUCGAGAGUUCGUGGGCUGGAGUCGAAAAAUACGACUACAUAUUCGUCCGACACAUGCUUGUGUCCAUCGCUGAUUGGCCCAAGUUGGUUCGCAACGUCUUCAAAUAUCUCAACCCUGGGGGUUGGGCCGAGUUCCAAGAUCUGAAUUCGGAGUAUUAUUCCGACGACGGAACCUACACCGAGGAGCAUAUCACACGCAAGUGGAAUAAGCAGUUCGUGGACGCUUACUGGGUCAAGGACGCUGGAUUCCAGAACGUGAAGCACUACAAAUUCAAGUGCCCCAUCGGGCCCUGGGCCAAGGACCCCCAACACAGAGAGGUCGGCAUGCUGAACUUGAUACAAACCCUUGAUGGGCUGGAGGCCUUUUCUCUCAAGCUCUUUUGCGAUGUCUUAGGGCAGACGAAGGAGGAGGUCCUUGUAAUGCUGGCGAAGGUCCGACAAGAGAUCAAGAGCAAUGCGCUCCACGCUAUGUUCGAUCACCACGUUGUCUACGGACAAAAGCCGGAAGGUCAGUCCGAAGAGUCAGACGAAGAGUGA